AUGCUGACAUUCAAGGAACGUCUGAAUGCGGUCUUCCCGGACAUACAAUUUACGAUGGAGGAGGAAGAGAACAAUCAGCUGGCCUUCCUGGAUGUCCUCGUAUGUCGUAAGGAUUGUAGUGGACUAAAGACCAAAGUGUUCAGGAAAGCGACGAAUACGAUGCAAGUACUGAACUUCAUCAGCAACCACCCAAUCAGCAGUUGUGUAAGGACGCUCUAUCGGCAUUUCGAAACGGACUGCAGUGAGCCGGAAGACAAGACUGCCGAACUGCAAUACCUCCGACGGGUCUUCAAAGCCAAUGGCUACCCGCGCAACUUUGUCAACCUGUGCAUACGCCAAAUGGACGAAAGGCCUAACCGCACGGACACCAAAGUUUGGAGAGCGCUUCCACAUGUCAAGAACGUUUCAAAGCUGUUGGCCGCCUUCUCGCACCGCUGGGGGUUGGAGUUGCACACAGGCCGGAGGCAACCAUCAGCCGUCAAUUGAUGAAACCAAAAGAUCCACUGUCACGGCAAGAUAGUCUGGAGUCGUAACUCGGAUCUGGUGCAGUUCCGGACAAAGCAACUACGUCGGAGAAACCAGAAGACAGCUCCAAACGCGAAUGGCCGAACACGCUGCAGCAGUGCGGAGAAAUGACGCCGGCUCUCAAGUUGCGGCUCAGUUGACGGGAUCCAGCCACACAUUCAAAUUUGACGAGGCCGAAAUUCUCAUAAGAGAUCACAACCGCGUGACACGGGAGCUGCUUGAGUCACGGUUUACUGGCCCCCCGGUCUAUUAACAAGUGCAAUGAUCUUCCCAUGCAAUACUCGGUGCUGAGACUUCGUCUAGGCGAAGUAAUUGGUCCCGCGGGAAGCGCACUGCUGAAAACUUCCUAACACCCGUGUCAGCGCGUCAGAUGGUCAAACAAUCAUCACAUCAACAUCCAACGCACGUAAUGAAAUUGCAGCAAUUAACGACGCGAAUAUCGGCCAUCACGCCACGUGCAACGAGCCCUGAUGAAGGGGCGAGAGCCGUGAAUAUUUAUAGGUAUGCGGUAGCAUGGCUACUCCAUCCUACAAAUACUGCAGCCGCAUCUGCAUGAACCACCCUUAUCUGCUUAUGUCUCCGAUGAUGGAUUCGAACAGGAAUCCGAAACGUCAGGCAAAUAAAGCUCUUGUCCCGGCUAUCGUGUCUUCUUCUUCAAAACAGUGUUUCUAUUUGUGCUUUCAUAUUCACUCAGUUCCUUUCCAUGGGCAGAAUUUUCGAAAUUUAAAAAAUAAAGUUUACUAAAUUGCGACCAUUUUUGACGUUUUGGGAUUUUGCUCUUCUAUAGAAAUUGGCAUUUCUAAACAACGCAACAGUGCCUUUAUUAUUUAUUCUGUGUUUCUGAUUUUCGGGAGUUGUGCUUGAUAAGCAAAGAUAUGGGUCCACGGAUUGGUGUCUGUUUGUGAGUGAUUAGCAGCCAUUCGUAAAUUUCGACGCAUUUAAUGAGUUAGGUCACCCACUGUAGACACUGAAUAAGAUUUCCAGACGUUUAUACCUCCAGACCGCAUCAUUACACCUCACUUUACACGUCUACCGAUAGCCUUGCAUCGCAUAUGAGCUUCCUACACACUACGGUUCGCCUACUGCAACAUCAUACCCAUCUGGCAUAAAACAAGCAUUUCGUUUCGCCAAAUCGGGGGAAGAAACAUCGAAGGCCAGCAUAUGAACAUCUCACGGAAUUGGAAAGAGUUUGCAACAACUUGAGUGCUACGGCUUGUGAGGGCUGAUAUUGCAGAAGGCAUCAAAAUCUUGACCAGAACACAGUCAGCUAUAGUUAACAGAUGAUAAAGAGCGACUGAUCUAUAGCCUUCCUGCACAGCUAAAUCAGUACGCCGGCUACCAACAAAAGGCAAGCCUCAGUGUCUUCAACAUGCCGUUGAAUCAGAAGAGUGGGGGUCAAAUAUGCCCAAUCACACUGUUCACAUCACAAUGGGUGUUGGUGUUCAUUUAUUAUCCAAUGGGUUUUCUAUUAGACACAAUAUUUCACUUGCGCGCGUGCAAUGUCUCAGCAGGAUUCAUUACCCAAGAGACACGUGCUGAUGCUCAGCUUUUGAUUGUCACCGCGAAUGCCGAUGAUUCUCAUGGCUGAGAUGGCAGACAUAGCGCGUGCGAAUUUUCAACGAACAGGUUGAACCAAUCAUCUUCAGCAUGUAUCAGGUAUUAUUCACACACUCGACGAUUCAACCGUCCUUGCUGACGAUGUCGCCUCGUAUUCAACCACAGCAUGGUGGGCGCAGCCACGGUGAAUUACACAUUAAUUAAUCUAUAACGGUAGUAGAUGCACGCUGCAUUUACUGUAUUGUCUCUCUUGCCACACACUACUAGGUCAGAUGUCAGGAAGACCGGAGGCGGGGUCGGACGUAGUUGACUGACGCUGCGUGACCCCGCGCCUAGAUGUGCCACCGCACAUGUUCCGCCCACAAAGAACCAGUGUAUAAAACAAUGAGAGGAGGGGGUGUAACUUCACCAGUAAGACUCCAUUGUAGACCGAUUCCUAGUUAUCCAUUCACUACAAACUAUUUCUAGGAGGACGAAUUAUCCCGUCAGUUGGCAGCAUUCCAAGCGACAGUUUUUAGCGCGUCCGAUUGAUUUUAGAGAAGAAUAUGGAGUGAGAUUAUCGACCUCACUCUCUCUUCCCAUUCCCAGACACUAUUCCGUUGUUCAAGCCGGCCUGCCAAAUAGUGCACGCACGCUCUCGGAAAUACCCACCAGUAGGAUUUAGGGUGUCGGGUGUCUGACAUACCUGCUUGUUAAAAAUGUGAGCCAGGAACUAGUUGACUCCCGUGAUUGCCAUCUCAGUAAUGAGAAUUACCGGCAUGUAACGUGACAGUAAAUGGUUCAGGAUCGAAACACGUCUCGGGGACAGUUUAUCCUACUGUCAUUUUGCACUAUUUGAGGUGCACACAUUGUGUCUGUCAAAAAUCCACUUAAAAAUAAGUGAACCAAAACAGUCACUGUAAGGCGACCACUGAAACUGUACAUUUAGUUACCACCAUUUGGGGUUUAACAGCAUAUUGAGGACACUGGGGUUUACCUGUUGUUUGAAGUCGGUGUCCCGAUUUAACUAUGUAGGAAGGCUGUAAAUUUGUCAUUUAUAACCGUCCCACUGCUGACGUUCGUUUGCCAGCUAUAGCUGACUGCCUUCCAAUCAACAGUUUGCGUCCUUCUAUAUCGUAGCCCCUACGAAGCGCACAUGUUCAUUAUAGCGGUUACUAAAGCCAAGUAAUGCAUUCCCUGCGACUCCUACUAAACUGACUCCCAGUCUGUCAACUAUUUAGACGUGAGGAAGUGUUCAAGCAAUCACAGCUAUCAAAAUCAGCAAAUCAACUUCAAGGCAGACGCAUAUAUUCCCUUACUCAGGACAGUCGAACCCUAGCUUGGUUAUGUGAAAUCCUAGCCCUUUGCGCGUGGACCAGGUGAUCUCCACUUUGAGUUGGCGUUGGCUACGAAAGAUGGAGAUCUUGCAGGAACGUCUUCGGACGUCAACUCAUGUUCACCUUUAUCUGACAAAUAACAUCACCAAAUACACGACAUACUUCUCAACCAUAUUCCGACCACAUUUUAUGAGUUGAACCGCUUAUUGUGUGUUUGCGUACCCGCUUUCUUAGAUGCCUUUCUCCACAGCGAAUUCAUCCAGACUCAUAGGAGCAAGUUGAAGAUUAAAAGCACCUCGUUUUGGCUUCCACCGAUGGUCGAGCUUUACGUCCUAACCGUGGGAGUAAGGAGUUUGUGAAGCAAACACGUGAGUUUGUCGCUGGGAAUGCGCCAGUUACUGUUAAUUUUAGAGGUCGUCCGGCAAAUUCACCUGUUAUGUCACUGAAAUGAGGCAGUCUUAAUAAUACAUAUUUGUUUGCUCCAGUUGCGGUGAUAAAGUUUGUAUUACGAUCCCUAUCAUCCUACGGAAUGAAUAUCGCUGAAAAGCCGUUUUUCGCAAAAUGCGCUCCACAGCUGAUAGCGUUUUGUUUCAAUAAUUUCAUGAGAACUGCUGCGUCGCGCUCUGGCAGCCAGUCCUUGGGCUAAAUUUGAUUUUUAAGAAUACAUGUGAUGUCCUGCCCAGGUUUUCAUUCGGGAUAUCUUAAGCUGUGCAUAAGAACAUCGAAGAACGUCAUCGCGUAUUUCACCUCAACCUCUUAGGCAAAUUGUGGAGAAAAAUGUUGGUUGUAUAACUUCUUAACAAGUCUCGGGGAUUUUGGUGGUAUGGCCAGUCAGGUGGAGGGAUUAGAGCCCCCAGAAUUCUAGGCAGAUAAUACUUUGCUGCGGAAAAAUUUACUCGACCGUGCCAUGAUAUCAUAUGCAAUAAACGCCUUGAGCGAAACAAAUGGUGGCUGAAAAUAUCGUGCAAAUCACAAUGGUAGACUGAAUUGCCACACUCUGAAUAGCCAUCAUUCGACAGUCAAAACCGACGAGAAAUCUGCUAUCAGGAUUUCCUCAAUAAGCUAAUCCCAAGAAUUCUAAGAAAAACAGUAAGGAAUCACUAUGAUAAACACCAAAGUAUAAAAACCACAAUUGCCGAUACAAGUAAAAAUGUGAGUUCCUGGAAAUACUUGAUCACAAGAAGAAGCGAUCGCUGGAACAAUGGCUUUAUUCGCCUGACGUUUCUGAUUCUCUCUUGAAUCCAUUGUCAGAGAAAGUUGCAGAAAAGGGUGGCUACUAUACAGGAAGUCGCAGUAUUUAUAGGAUGCGGUCGCCAUGCUACCGCAUACCUACAGCAAUUAACCGUGCUCCCUUCAUCAAGGAUUGUUGUCCACUGGUGCGAUAAUUGCUUGAUGGCCAGCAUGCAGGUUGUUAAUUGCUGACAUCUCAUCACCCGUGUUGGAUGCUGGCGUGAUGAUUGCUCGGCCAUCUGUCUCACCGGCGUGCGCGCUUCUCGAGUGGUCAAUUGCUUUGGCCAGUCUAUGCCUCAGGACAUAAUAUAGGGUAGGGAUGUAAUUGCACUUGUUGAUAGACGGAGGUCCCGUGAACCAUGACUCAAGCAACUCGCGGCUCACGCGAUUAUCCCCUCUCGCGAGAAUGUCGGCCUCAUCGUACUUAAAUGUGUGGCUGGGUCUCGUCCAAUGGGCCGCGACCUGAGAGUUGGCAUCAUUUGUCCGUACAGCUGCCAUGUGUUCGGCGAUUCGCGUCCGGAGCAGUCUUCCAGUUUCUCCGACGUAGUUGCUUUGUCCGAAACUGCACCAGAUGCGGUAAACGACUCCAGAUGUUUCUUGCCGUGACAGUGGGUCUUUUGGUGUCAUCACUUGACGCCUCAUGGUAGCCUCCGGUCUGUGCGCAACUCCAACCCCAAGUGGUGCAAGAAGGCGACUAAUGGCCUAGGAGACGUUCUUGAUGUACGGGAUCGCUCGCCAGAAUUUGGGGUCGGCGCGAUUUUGUCGCUCGCCUCGUUUGCGCAGGCAUUGGUUGACGAAGUUGCGCGGGUAACCUUUUUCUCGGAAAACCCGUUGAAGAUAUUGGGAUUCGGCAACCGUGUCUUCCGGUUCACUGCAGUGCGUCUCAACACGCCGAAUUAGCGUUCUUACGCAACUGCGUUUGUGGCUGAUUGGGUGGUUACUGUUGAAAUUCAGAAUUUGCGUCGUGUUCGUUGCUUUUCUGAACACAUUGGUCUUUAGGCCGCCACAAUCUUUGCGACAGACGAGGACAUCAAGGAAUGCAAGCUGGUUAUUCUCUUCCUCCUCCAUCGUAAAUUGUAUGUCCGGGAAGACGCUGUUGAGACGUUCUUUGAACGUUAGCAUCUGAUCCCGUUCAAUGACGACGAAGGUAUCGUCCACAUACCGAGCCUAGAAUUUCGGUCUGUGGUGUUGGACGACCAGAGACUCCAACCGCUGUAGCACCGCCUCGGCGAUGAAUCCCGAAAUCAGCGAGCCCAUUGGUGUUCCCUUCACAUGCUCGUAGAUUGUUCCGUCUAACUUGAAGUACGUCCUGAGACAGAACUUUAGGAGCUGAAGGACUUUGGCUUGUCCGAGAGCGUGAAAGGCACUCCAACGUACGGACUUGCAAGAUGGCUGUUUCGGCGCUCAAAUUUUUGACCGCUGAUUCGGACACCACGGUCUGUUCGUCAAGGCAAUUCCGUGAGUAGCUUAAAGGAGUAAGUCUCUUGCCCAAUGAAGUCAUGGUAUCUUUUGAUGUCACGUUCAUCUUUACUUCUAUCCCCCAGGAUGUGGCAAUCGAGACCGUCCAGCUACUCCUACGAAACAAAUACGAUAAAACGGAAAAUCGUCUCGGACAAGCCCAAGUCCUUCAGCUCCUAAAGUUCUGUCUCAGGACGUACUUCAAGUUAGACGGAACAAUCUACGAGCAUGUGAAGGGAACACCAAUGGGCUCGCUGAUUUCGGGAUUCAUCGCCGAGGCGGUGCUACAGCGGUUGGAGUCUCUGGUCUUCCAACACCACAGACCGAAAUUCUAGGCUCCUCUUCUUUUGGGGAUGAUAAACGGGAUAAUUGUUCAGUACUUCGAAUCUUCACUCAUGUUGAUAUAUGUAUAUAUAGCGGGACACCAGCACGUUUCUCGUAAGGAGUGAAUCUCGUAUAAUUGCAUUCGUGCAAGUAAGUAAAUUGGGCAUUUUAGGAAACCACUGGUUAAGAAAACGAAUCUCAGCAAUCAGCGGAAGGUGACCAGUAAAAUGCUGCACUUCGUUGCCACCUUUUGAAAUUUCAUGGAAUAUUAGGGACGCCGAGGUUUACCUUUUGUUAGUCGCCGAUGUACUUAGAAUGUAGCUCCAUUGUUUAGAUCCGUCCCACUUUCGAUCUUCGUUUGCCAACUAUAGAUGACUGACUUCCAGACAACAUUUUAGGUCUUCUGCAAUUCUAGUCCUUGCUAGCAGUAUCGCUUUGUUAGAGUGGCUUAUUUAAGUGUAUUAAAUCCAUUUUCGGCGACUGUUAUAAAACUGACACCCUGUCUGUCAAAUACUUCAGCAUGGGGUGGUGUUAAACGAAUUGCUGCUUUGUAAAUUUACGGCUCAUAUUCAAGGCCGACGCAGGUAUUCCCUUACUCAGAACAGCCGAGCGCAUACCACCCUGCCUUCUUUAUGUGAAAUCAUGGCCCUUUACGCGUUGGCCAGGUGAUCACCACUUUGGAUCGGCGUUGGCUUCGGAAGAUUAGGCAUUUGCACCAACGUCUUCUGACGACGAAGCAGUGAUUCAUCAUCCAAAUGGUCAAUGUGCCGGCUUUUUCUAACAACCAUUGACAGAAACAGCUGCACUACUUUGCUGGUGUCCGAUUAGUAACCCGAAAAGCUUGUUUGGCGUCAAGGUUGGUGAUUCUCAUCGAGUAGGUGUGCGACAAAAUCGAUAUAUUUUCCCCUUAAUCUGACAAGGCGCGUAUGUCCCCUCGUAUUGCGGAUGCCCAAGUCCUUUGUCAACCGGUUUCCUAAAUUCAUGAGCCCUAUUGAAACAGAUCCAGAUGCGAUCGAUCGGCCACAUUCUAAAGAUGACUGAGGUACCUACAGAACUGACUCAUUUUGCAACGCCCCUCUGCCGCAUAUAAACAGGGUAGACGAAUAACCCCCCCCCUAAACCCUCAACUUACUUAAGAGAUCUAAGAGGCAUUUGCAUAGAAUCGGCAUACCGGAAAAUCUGAGGAAAAAUUCUUUGAAUUCGGACGAAUUCAGGAGCUUCUGGCAAAGCGAAAAGCACGUUAGACUAAAAGGCAUUAAACUAAUGUCCCCAACAGCCAAGCGAGUGAAACUACAUUCGAUGCUGGUCUUUUCAUCUUCUGACUUGACUUUUAUCACACCCUUGUAUUAACCGCAGUGGAAAACGACGCAUUCGAAUCAAAUUACAUGUACGAGUGUGACAUGCGCAGACAAAUGACUUGCGUCAGAUCAGCGAGGGCAUUCAUGCUUGUCGCCAAACUCCUUUUCACAAGCCCAACCCAAUUAUGUUUUUGUCAAAAGGCACUGGCGUAUGCCACUGAAUAUGGUGGAUAGCAGUUUACCCAAUGCUCUGUCAGACAGCAAACCGACCUUCAUUCGCAUCAUGCCCAUCCUUACCGAUCCGCCUUGGCUCUGGCCACUUUUAAGCCACGAUUGGAAAUAGAAACGCAUCACUAAUAAACGAAAUCAUGUUACAUAUUCCUAACAGUCGACAGUUAAUUGUUCUUCCGCUAGAGUAAAAACAUAUGGACACAUUAUCGGAUGUUUAGUGUCAUCAAUCGGUGAAUGUGACUGAUACAAAUUACUGCCGUACAGCAGGCAAGAAAACAUAGUCUGUGGGCUAGACUCUGAGUAUAUGCUUCCAAAAUAUCUGUGUUCGCGUAAAUGUUCUGCUCUCUGCCGAUGGUUUUACCAGUUGCCUCGCCUCCUCCAGGGUUGGGUACAAAACAUCAACCUUGAUGUGAAAGUAAAGGCCAUCGUACUUCAAUGUUCGCUGUCGAACCGCAUACUGUACAUGCAGAUAGGUAUCCCUGCGCCACAGUUGUCGAGCUUUUCUUCGUCUCUGCUUCCUAAUAAAAAGAACAGGGAUUUGAUGUGUUAAACUUAAUCAUAUCGUCAGCAGAUCAAACGAAUAAGUUAGGAAAAACAUGAAUAAAGCAUUAAAAAAUAACUUUUCAAUACCUUCUAGGGUUUUCGGCAUUCCCAGCAUCUCUGACAUGCUUCAUCAUCAUGUAACGAGAAAUUGUGAAGUUGCGUCGCGUCAAAGUUAGUUUUGAGAAUGUAAGACGGCUGUACAUGUCGUCAUCUUCGCAGCCCUAUCCAAAGUAAGUGUUUACAUAUCCCAGCGUACUUUCGAAAUGCCUUCUUGUCAUCGCCACUGCUCCACCAAAGGAGGUUUCGUAGAACAGACUGGGUUAGGGAAAUAAAAGGAAUAAAGUAAUGAGCGUAAAUUAUACUGAUGUAAGUGCGGUUACGCUUUCGAAAUAUUAUAUCAAAUAUUCAACUGAAAACUGACGCAAGAGACUAAAUGACACAUGGCUUGAAAAGGUAAGGUGACUGAGAUAAUAGAAUACAGGAACUCCUGAAAUACGGGUGGGAUGUUAUAAGUAAUUAUAUCAGUAGAUCAGACGGACACCAAAAUAAAUAGAAUUCGCGGAGACCGUCGAGAAAGCUCACGUUUCUGUCACGUUUGUUUUAUUACUACAAUGGGGUGCCGGAACAGACCGCAUAAUCUGGAAGAUGGAAAUUAGAGGUGUGCAACCGGAUGGAAACCAGGUAACUGAAGGUUACUGAUUAAGGAAGAAAGGAUUGGGUAAGGCGGUACGCAGCAGUCAAAUUCAACUCUAGUGCCGAUCCUAGCCAUAACCUCAAAUCUUUCGCCAAUUACAGUCAUUAAUUAAACCCUAUUUUGAAGACUAACCCAUGUCCUAGGCGACAAGUACGAUGAAACGGAGAAUCGCCUCGGACUCGCCCAAAUCAUCCAAAGCCAGCAGUUCUGUCUCAAGACGUACUUUACUUUCAACGGAACAAUUAACGAGAAGGUUUCGGGCACAUCAAUGGGUUCGCCGAUUUCGGGACUCAUAGCCGAUGGAGUCCUAAAGCGGUUGGAGUCGUUGGCUUUCCGAAAACACAGACUGAAAUCCCAGGCUCGGUAUGUGGAUGAUAGAUUUGAAGCCCACGAACGAGAUCAGGUGAGGACAUUCAAAGAAUGCCUCAACGCCGUCUUCCGGGACAUUCAAUUUACGAUGGAGGACGAAGAAAACAGCCUGCUGGCCGUUUCGGAUGUCCUAGCUUGCCGCAAAGAUUGUCAUGGCCCAAAAAGCAAUGUGUUCAGGUAG